AUGAAGAAGAUAUACGCCGGUUUGACUCUCAAAGAAGAAGGAUUGGCAUUGACAUUUGAAAUAAUGAAUUUGUGUGAAGAAGCUUUAGUACAAUAUGAUGAGGCACUUGCAUGGUUUGGUAGUUUUGGUGCAACAGAACCUGAAGAUGAUAGUGCCAAUAUUUUAGAUGUUAAAAAAAAACAAUAUCGUGAUCUUAUUAUGCAAAAUACGAUUCCUGAAUUUGAUUUUAGAUGUUAUCUUUUUGCUAGACAAUGUCAAUUGCUAGGCAGACUACAAAGACCAGUUGAUAUAUGUAGAAGGGCCCAAUUAUUUAUUUCUACUUUUGCAAGAGCAAUAAGAGAACAUCAAGCUAAUAUUGGCGAACAAUUUUUGGAAUCGUGGAUUUUUUCUUCUUGUAUGAGUGUUGUCAAUGAGUGUGAAGAAUUGGCACCAUUAACUCCAUUGGAUGAUCUUGCAUUUAAAUCAUUUAAUGCUGCCAAAGGAGAACUUUUAGAUUUGGCUAGGAAACAAUUGGAUAAAUUAGGGCUUCGUCAUGGACAUUUGCCUUCUAUUGUUCCAUUUACAACUUCUUUAGGAGAUGUUACUCCUCCUGCCUCUCCUGAUUCGGAAAACGAGAAAAAAAUAUUCACUAUUACAAAUUAUGAAUUACAAAAAGCUAUUGCUUCAAUUAGUGAUUUUGAUUUAUUAUAUUUGUCUUUGACAAAUAGAGCAUUGAAAGCAUACGAGGGAAGUACAAGGCUUCGUAGUUCAUUACGUUUACAAGCAGAUGUUGCAGCAUUACAAUUUCAUCGAAAAAAUUACGAUAGUGCUGUAAAACUGAUGGAGGAUCUUCCUUGGAGAUAUAAUGAACAAGGUUGGACUCUUGUUGAAAAUACACUUUUGGUGAAUUAUGCUGCUUGUCAAAAGGACUUAAAUCUUGAUCCAAAACUACAAACCAAAUUUCUUCACUUU